GAAUUUGGUUAAGGCAAAAACUGUGUUCAAGAAGCCUACUUUGGAGCUCCAUUCCAGAAGCAUGGAUGAGAUUCGAGUCCAGAGGCUUAUACCACAUGAGAGUAGGUAUGUUCUACUACAAAGACAUGGCAUUGGAUGAUUGGAAGCUUACCUGGAAGGCUUUGAUCGAGAGGCUCAAAGAUGGCAUCAAAGCUGUUUGGUUACUUGGAGCUAAAGGCAGAUUUCUUUUUCUUGUUUAGUUAGGAUUUCACUGUUUUGGUAGGUUUUUUAAUUCCUUUUCGUGUUAGACUGUAAUUAGGAGUUUAUGGGACGUGUGUAACCCUAGCUAGGACUAUUUAAGCUUUCUAUUUCGUUGUAAAACUCAGACUUUGAUUAAUCGAAAAACAAACCUUUGGUUUUGUGCAAGUUGCGACUUGUUUGAGUUUGGUGGAUUCCAAACUUGUGAGCUUUGUAUCGAUUGAAUAUCCUCUUCAAUCGUGGUCGAGCAGCUACCCUUUUAUACCAUACGAGCUUUCCCCAGGUGUGGAAUUGUCCGUUGGUUCCGUUUUAUCCAAGUUCGUAUUAAGAACGCGUUGUUCUUAAUUCGAGCUCAAUCGUUUCUUCGAUUGAGUCGUUUGCUGCGUGACUUUGAUAAACAUACACCCCCCAGGGGCGUAUUAAGUGGUAUCAGAGCCCCGUUCUACACAAGGGCGAGGAAGAAGACGUGUGUUGUUUCGUACGAGUUCCGGACUCGUCGCAAAACAGAGAAGACCAGUUCUGUUUUGUUUUAUUUUUAUUCGUUGGCGUCCAAUUCAAAGAGAAAAUCAUGGGAACUCAACAAAUCAACGAAGAGGAAUUGAAAAAGAUGGUGAUCGAAGCCAUUAAAGCGACUUUCCAGCCUAAAUUUGACAGAAUUCAACGUCGAAUUGAUGAGCUGAAGUUGCGGACAAACAACAUCGUGUCACCGCAACUCUCCGCGGUGCAUAAUUCGAAUUCAGUGAUGAACUGUGAUAAUUGCGUUCCAACGAGAACCAAUAAGGCCCUGGACGUGAAAGAUAGGAGCUUGGAGCUGAUCUGGGUAGCGGAGAGAGGGCAUUCGAGUGGGUCGAAGGUGGAGAAAGAAGCAGGAGCAAGCCGACUCUGUUCUUCUCCGAUAAAACAGAGUGUGUAUUAUGUCGACGGCGUCGUGGCACUUGCAAGAGAUUCGACGCAAGAAAUUACUUCAGAAGUCUACCCAGAGGUGGAAGGAAUGACUAAAAGUCAACAGGAAGUGCCUGAACAGACUGUAGGCGAUCGCAUUCCUCCAUUGACAGGAACUCAGAAGCUCUGCCAGUUUUUGGCUGAACAGAGUUCCGAAAUUGAUGAUAUCGUCGUGCUGUAUGGGGAUGAUUCAAAGCAAGAGGUCUUCAUCAACACAUUCAAUGAAGACCCAGGAAUGUUUAAGGUUGAUAAAAUCCAUCCAGAACGAGCCCGAAUGAAGAAUCACGAGGUUGGUUGUUUGCCUCUGACGGUGCCGCAGUUUGACUCCAAAACUGGGUAUCUCGUCGGAGAGUUGGAGAGAGAUUCGAUCCAAUCCAAUGAUGCGGGGAAGUUCCUAGAUGAUCAUCGAACGCGUACGGAUGCUCAAUUCAUCUCAAAGAUUUCUCAGUUCAGAAUCCCCAAUUUGGAAUCGGAUGAACUGGGUUCGGCACAAUUUGAAAACGCCAACAGUUGGAAAAUUGCAGUGGACGAUUCGUCACUUCCCAGGGGUAUUCGAAGCGCAAAGAUGGAUGGGAAGUUCGAUUCUGUGAUGGAGAAAGCUCCCGCGAGCCGUGAAUUGAGGAAUGGCAGCUUGGAUUGUCCGAAUUCAUAUUCUGGGCAAGGGUCGCUGUUCGCCGCAAAGUUGCGACAUUCUGGGAAAUUGCCAGAUCACUUGGCGGAGCUGGUUCUUGUCAACAAAGGCCAGAUAUUCCUUUCUGAUGACGAGGAGACAGUGUGGGUUGAGGAAAGCGCCAUCGAAUGGGGCAUGAUGUGUAGAGAAGCUGCCAUAGCUAUGCCGAAAAUUGUGUUUGAGCAGCCCACUUUCGAUCCAAUUUGGGAUCAAUUCUGUGAAGCUUUUGACAAAAAGAAUGAUCAAGCUUUGAGGGCAAAGCUUUUUGAAGAGGGGGAGCCUGAUAUGAUCCUAAUUGGACAACUCUACACGUUUUUAUUACUUGACAAAGAAGCUAUCAAAGUUGGGAAGAAGAAGGGCAGAAUUUGGCUAAGUCAAAAUCCGUGUUCAGGGUACAUACUUUGGAGGCAUGGUUCUCUCAAUUGGCUUAGUGUAAAUUCAAUGUUAAGGGUUUAUAUUGCAGAUAAAGUUUCCAUCUUUCAAAUGGUAUGCUUUGUGGAUCCAGAUGAUGUCAUUAAGGUUGUUUUCCAAGGCCUCAAAGUUGCUACCUCAAAACUGGAAAACUGCCAGAAUUUGGUUAAGGCAAAAACUGUGUUCAAGAAGCCUACUUUGGAGCUCCAUUCCAGAAGCAUGGAUGAGAUUCGAGUCCAGAGGCUUAUACCACAUGAGAGUAGGUAUGUUCUACUACAAAGACAUGGCAUUGGAUGAUUGGAAGCUUACCUGGAAGGCUUUGAUCAAGAGGCUCAAAGAUGGCAUCAAAGCUGUUUGGUUACUUGGAGCUAAAGGCAGAUUUCUUUUUCUUGUUUAGUUAGGAUUUCACUGUUUUGGUAGGUUUUUUAAUUCCUUUUCGUGUUAGACUGUAAUUAGGAGUUUAUGGGACGUGUGUAACCCUAGCUAGGACUAUUUAAGCUUUCUAUUUCGUUGUAAAACUCAGACUUUGAUUAAUCGAAAAACAAACCUUUGGUUUUGUG